AUGGCGGGCGAGCUGCUCAAGCUCCUCGCAGGGACGGGCAGGCUCGCGCUCGCGUACCGCGGCUCCUCCCCGUCCGCACUCACCGGCGCCACCGCGCAGCUGCCGACCUCGCUCGACGGGCUGGCGAUCGACCUUAAGGUGACGGCGCUGGCGAGCGCCUCCGCCUCCGUCCUCUCCAACGACGGCAUCGACGUCGCGAGCCCAAACCUGUGGGCGAGCGAGACGCUCGAGGGAGUCACCUUCGCGGGCUGCGGCUACGCGGAGGAGGGCGAGGACUGCCUGGAGAUGCUGACGACGCACUUGCUCGAGGACUUCAACGGCAACCGCAUCGUCAUCGACGCGACCGAGGACGCGCGCGUCGCGGAGCACUACCCGCGCUGGCUCACCCUCGGCGCCCACGAUUGCGCUCACAUUGUCUCCUCCAACAAGCUCGCGACGGGAGGCCCGCUCGCAACCUACCGCGCCGCAAAGAACGCGCGCUCCGACGCAAACACGCAGUGGCUGUACGAGUGCUCCGGGCCCGGCUCCGGCCUGCCGGUCAUCUCGACGCUGCAAGACAUGCAGCAGACGGGCGACCGGAUCCGGCGCGUCGAGGGCGUCUUUUCGGGCACGGUCAACUACGUCCUCGAGUCGGUCCGCGGCGGCGCGCCCUUCUCCGAGGCUGUGGCGGCGGCGGUGGCGGCCGGGUACGCGGAGCCCGACCCGCGGGACGACCAGCUGUGA